GCCGUCUGACUCAGUGCCUAUCGGAUUCAGUGAGAUGAAGUUCAGUAGGUUGUAAAUGUGGCGAGGGGGGCGGACACAGCGGGACUCUCCUCUGCUGUCCUGCGGUAACAUUGUUGUGGAACGACGUCACAGCUCGAAAAUGAAGGCGCAGAGGCAGCCAUUACUGGAGCUUCUCUAAUUAUUUUAUUCCAAAUAAAUACUCGCGGAAAACUCCCAUGGCAAGAGCUACAAGUCAGCUGUAUGAUGUUGUGCCCAUUCAGCCCAGCGUUGUCAUCUGUUCCUGCUCGCAUCCAUCAAUGGUAAGAAACCACCCUGACUCCUGCUCGCCACUUGCUAUCCCAGGCGCAAGCAGUAGCCACUGUCCCAGCAUGGAGGGCGCAGCAGCUGUAGGAGCGCCUGUCCAGGCCCCCCAGCCACGCAAGAAGAAGCCAGAGGACUUCAGAUUCGGCAAGAUACUGGGAGAGGGCUCCUUCUCGACGGUUGUCCUGGCAAGAGAGCAGGUAACGGGGAAAGAAUAUGCAAUUAAGAUUUUAGAGAAGCGCCAUAUUAUGAAGGAGAACAAAGCCCAGUACGUGAAAAGAGAAAGGGAUUUGAUGUCAAAUCUAGAACACCCGUUCUUCGUCAAACUCUUCUUCACAUUUCAAGAUGAUGAGAAGUUGUAUUUUGGUCUUAGCUACGCUAAGAAUGGAGAACUCCUGAAAUACAUUCGCAAAAUUGGUUCAUUUGAUGAGACCUGUACUAGAUUCUACUCAGCUGAAAUAGUUUGUGCUCUAGAAUACUUACACAAUAAGGGGAUAAUACACAGAGAUCUCAAACCAGAGAAUAUUCUUCUGAGUGAAGACAUGCACAUCCAGAUAACAGAUUUUGGGACAGCAAAACAGUUAUCAUCAGACAGUAAACAAGCGAGAGCAAACUCCUUUGUUGGGACAGCACAGUAUGUGUCUCCAGAGCUGCUAACAGAGAAAUCAGCCUGCAAGAGCUCUGAUCUCUGGGCCUUGGGAUGUAUUAUCUAUCAGCUGGUGGCUGGUUUACCACCGUUCAGAGCUGGAAAUGAGUACCUAAUAUUCCAGAAAAUAAUAAAGCUGGAGUAUGAAUUCCCAGAGAAAUUCUUCCCCAAAGCCAAGGAUCUCGUCAAACAGCUUUUGUCACUGGACCCUUCCAAGCGGAUUGGUUGUGAAGAGAUGGGAGGGUACGACCCUUUAAAGCAGCACCCCUUCUUUGACACCAUCUCCUGGAGCGACCUACACAUACAGACACCCCCCAAGCUCACCCCCUAUCUGCCAGCCAUGUCUGAAGAUGAUGAGGACUGCUAUGGAAACUACGAUGACCUCCUGAGCCAGUUCAGCAACAUGCAGGUGGCCCAGUCCAGUUCAUCACACUCCCUGUCGCCACAUGAAUCCACGCCCCCGCAGAGGUCCAGCAGCAACAUUGAGCAGUACAUCCAUGACCUAGACAAUAACUCUUUUGAGCUGGACCUGCAGUUCACUGAAGAAGAGAAGCAGCUAUUGCUGGACAAACAGACCACUGGAAACCCCUGGCACCAGUUUGUGGAGAAUAACCUGAUCCUGAAAAUGGGCCCCGUGGAUAAACGAAAGGGUCUGUUUGCUCGACGGAGACAGCUGCUUCUCACUGAAGGACCACACCUGUACUACGUGGAUCCUGUCAACAAGGUCCUGAAAGGGGAGAUCCCUUGGUCCCUAGAGCUACGCCCUGAGGCCAAGAACUUCAAAACCUUCUUUGUUCACACGCCUAAUCGAACAUACUAUUUGAUGGACCCCAGCGGAAAUGCUGACAGAUGGUGCAAGAAGAUCCAGGAAGUGUGGAGAAAGAUCUAUCAAAGGCACCAAAACCCUGGCCUAUAGGAGCACCGUUCCUCCCUUGGCCACUCCUCUUUAGCUCUGAGGCCAAUCACUGAGCAGAGUAACACCCUCUUUAGUGCCCUUCAUCACCGCAAUGUAAACAAACUCUUAGAGACGCUGGCAUCUAGACCUUGUUUGUUUUCCUGAGUAGAACCAUGGGGAAAAUACAACUUUGGAUUCAGGGUUGCUUUGCUUGUUCUUUGUGCUCUCUGUGAGGCUUCUAUUGCAUUUUUCCAUGUAUGGAUGAUAAGACUGCCACCAUGCACAUCUGCUUUUUGUACAUUCUGCAGGGGAGGGGGGGGGAGGGAAAGCUUGUCCUGUAAAGUGACACAAGCUUGGGUACCGCUAGGACUAUCUCAAAUGCAAGGACUGGUUUCCUGCUUCAAUGAUACCAUAACACAAAAUCUAGCUUUUAUGAACCAGAGCCUAUCCUGAUAUCUUAAUUAAACCAUAUCCUAAUCCUACAUCGUACGUGCAAGCUGUAGUCAAGCCCCACUUCUAAUGCAUAUACUCCAUAGUUGUAACAGAUACUGUAAGCUGAUUCAGUCUCACACGUUUACCAAACUCAAAUCCUAUAUAUAUUUUUGUCAGAGCCCAAAUGUUCCCAUGGUAUUUGAGUUGUUUUUUUAGUCUCUUGGUACUUGCUUAUUGCAGUCCAAUUAAGGUCUCGAUGUAACAAAGCAGAAUGCCGGUCUGCAGUGAGACAUGGGUCUGAAUCAGUCUCUGUAUAAGUGUGAGCCUUCCAUUGCCGUUACUGAGGAGGUAUUGCUAACAGAGGGCGGGUAAACAUGCCACUAGCUUGUACUUCCUAAUCAUAACUUGCUUAUCUUUCCUGCAUGGCCAGUUUUGUAGCUCAGCCUUGUCCGCUUCUCUCUCCUAGGGCACUGGAGAUAUAGUUUAUUCAAGUUUAAAGGUGGGUAUUUUUGACUGCAUUGGCAACCAUGGCGAAUAUUAUUGGAUGAUUUGGCUGUUCUGUACCAUUCACUGGCUAUUUCUUUGUGGUGUGAAUUCUUCAAUUUCCUUUUUUUUUUCCGGUGGGAUAGUGGGAUAGUAAUUUUCAGUACGUCCUAUUGAAAACAAAAAUCUUAUUUGCUGACCACCCCAUGCUGAACAGAAAACCUUCAUCAACAGAGAUACAUACACAUACUAUCAUUCACGGAAGCAAUCACGGUAAAGCUGUUGUCCCUGGACAAGAUGGCAGAACUGCCUCAUCGAUCGGGCUCAUCGGCCCAUCUUAUUAUUAUUAUUAUUAUUAUUAUUAUUAUUGUUAUUUUUUCCAUUCUGACAUUUGGCCCAAUAGAAAUUAAAGCGAUUUGAUUUAACUCUUGCUCUUGUUUUAGCAAUAUGUAUUAUCAUAAUGCUUUUAAUUUUUUUUUUUUUUUUUUUUUUUGACAUAUUACCUUAAGGUCCUUUUUUUUCCAAAAAAGAAAAAAAAAAAAACAGAAAAAAAAAGGUCCUCUUCCUUCAGCUGAAUCUGUGUGUGCAGUGUGUGACUGGAGUAUAGGUGAAUAGGACCCCUCUGGCCCUGGGGCCCGGGGCUCAAUGUGGUUGGAUGUCAGUUAAAGGAUAUCUAUCUGAUCCAAAUAACCGAUGAAAUUGCUGUAUCUGUCUAUAAAGUUGAGGGAAGCACUCGGAGAAGUGUUUUCCUCUAGUUAGAAAAAUUGUUUGAAUCAAGUCGAUGGCAGUCGGUUACAUUGUGUAUGGAAUACUCUACCUGGCUUGUAACUGACUAGAACUGUGAUGUACAGAUGAUGUAUUAUUAAAAUCUGAAGCAAGUAAUGCAAUGAUAUUAGGAUACAGUUUUUGUAUUUUUAUUCUUGUAUAAGGUUAUUUGAUGGCUAUUGUUUAGCCUCUAGUUCAUUCUGUGUUAUUUAAAUUCUAAUAUAUGAAUCAUAUUUGGAUUGAAGUCAUGUUCAGGGGCCAUGUUGUGUAUGUAUUGAGAUGUAAAGCCUUUGAAUGUGAAUAAUUAUUGUAAACUAUAAUAUUUUACAGCUUUUUUCUUACUAUAUCAUACAUUUUCUAUUUGCUCAGUGAUUUAAUCAUAUUCUGAUAAUUUAAUGAAUCUGUUCAUUCUCUCUCUGAUUAUUUGUGCGCUAGGUCAGUAGAUGUUGAAUGAUGAAUUUUCCACUUAAUGCUUGGUAGUCCAGUAAUUAAAGCAUGUAGGGAUUUAGGCAUACAAAUAAAGCCAUGUGUCCUGUCUUCUGUUAACAACUACAGUCAUGACACAGUGAAAAGCAGCAGCAGCAGCAUUCAGUGGCAAUGGCAUCUCACAUCUUUGCAGCAUGUAAAUAAAGUACCGGCCCAUUAUCA